AGUUCUGUAAGCAGUUUGUGUCAUCACCAUUGUGAGUGUGCAGUAGAUUUCUGACCAGAAGACGCACUGCUGUGUUCUACUUGGGAUCAGAUCUACGAACACAGUUGAUGGUAAGAGAUAGAUUUAUAAAUACCACGUAGAAGUUCAGAGUCAUGAGUAGAUCAUGUGAUAACAUAGUUAUAUUGUACAGUGUAUACUGUACACUAUAGUGUAUCAUUGACACCCCCCUGAUUAUAGGCCAUUUGUUGAGACAUUUUGUAAUACUGAAUAAGUUGUAGCCUACUGUUUGAAAAAGUGCCCAAUCCCCAGGAAGCAUAUCUCUGUUACAACAGGAAGCUUUUCUCUACAGUGCUUCAUGAGACCUGAUGACAAGGACAGUAUGCAACAGAGUUUAAUGGUGUGUGUGUGUGUGUGUGUGUGUGUGUGCGUGCAUGGUUUUCCAUCUACCCCUGCAGACCUGUCUGUGUUCCUGACAAUCGAUUAUAGUGGAGUGGUAGAUUGGGAUUCUAAAUUGGAAGAAGAUUUGAAAAAUGAAAAGAAUGCCUUCCAGACUACUUCUAGGUAUGUUAAAUCCUUAUCAGCACACUUGAAGGUGUAUGCUCAUGGAAGAAGACUCAUACAAUCAAAACUCCAGUAUUAUAUUUCAAUGUUUUAUUUGUAAUUAUUUUGGCUUCCACAUAUUAUAAUGUGAUUUACAGUAAUCCACACCAUCACAUUUAGCUGUUGGUUAGGCAAGCAGUUGUAUUUUGAGGUUUAAAAUCAAAGCUAAGACUUUUUGUAGUUGGAAUUGCAGUAUGUAUUCGGCAUUUGCCAAGCACAGGAAUGUUAGCACAAAACAGGUCUGGACCUAUGUCAGUAGGUGCUGUAGGUGGGUGUGGUGUAGAAUCAGGCGCAGGACGCAGAAGUUAAGUCCAACAAAGACUUUUAGUAGAGCACACAAAAAUACAAUCCAAACAGCCCGGAGGCGAGAAAAUGCGCACACAGGCGUAAACAAACGGGCGCACUAAACAUGUGCAAAAUUCCUCUCCUAAAAAUACAAGGAGGCAAGCUACAAAUAGCGCACCGAAACGGGUAGCGCACCAACACGACAAUGGGAACAAUUCCAGACAAGACCAAACGAACAUAGAAACAUACAACGGUGGCAGCUAGUAUUCCGGAGACGACGAACGCCGAAGCCUGCCCGAGCAAGGAAGAGAGGCAGCCUCGGCCGAAACCGUGACAGUACCCCCCCCCUUGACGCGCGGCUCCAGACGUGCAACCGACUCCGGCCUCGGGGACGACCAGGAGGACGCGGGGCAGGGCGCGUCGGGUGACUACGAUGGAAUUCCGUCAGGAGAGACGGGUCCAAAAUGUCUCCCCUCGGCACCCAGCACCGUUCCUCCGGGCCGUACCCCUCCCACUCCACCAGAUAUUGGAGACCCCCCAUCCGACGUCUCGAAUCCAAGAUGGGACCGCACUGAGUACGCCGGUGCCCCCUCGAUGUCCAAUGGGGGCGGAGGAGUCUCCCUGAUCUCAUUUUCUUGGAGUGGGGCCAGCUACCACCGGCCUGAGAAGAGACACAUGGAACGAGGGGUUAAUACUUUUAUACUCACAGUAGUUGUAAUCUGUAACACACCUCGUUCAAUCUUCUCAGACUUUAAAUGGCCCCACAAACCGCCGACCCAGCUUCCGGCAGGUGCAGGCGGAGGGGCAGGUUUCUGGUAGAGAGCCAGACUCAAUCACCAGGUGCGUACACCGGUCCCUCACUGCGGUGGAGAUCGGCGCUCGCCUUUUGACGACGGAGGGCCCGCUGCAGGUGGACGUGUGCAGCGUUCCACGUCCUCCUCCGAGCGCCGCACCCACUCAUCCACCGCAGGAGCCUCGAUCUGGCUCUGCUGCCAAGGGUGCCAUAACCGGCUGGUAACCUAACACACAUUGGAAAGGGGUUAGGUUAGUGGAGGAAUGGCGUAGGGAAUUCUGGGCCAUUUCUGCCCCAGGGAACGUACCGUGCCCACUCCUCCGGCCGUCCUGGCAGUAAGAUCUAAGAAACCUACCCACAUCCUGGUUCACACGUUCCACCUGCCCAUUACUCUCCGGAUGGUAACCCGAGGUGAGGCUCACCGAGACCCCCAACCGCUCCAUAAAGGCUCUCCAGACUCUGGAGGUAAAUUGGGGACCUCGAUCAGACACAAUAUCCUCGGGUACCCCGUAGUGCCGGAAAACAUGGGUGAAUAGCGCUUCGGCGGUCUAUAGGGCCGUAGGAAGGCCCGGCAUAGGGAGCAAACGACAGGCCUUAGAGAACCGGUCCACAACGACCAGUAUAGUAGUAUUCCCCUGUGAGGGAGGAAGGUCAGUGAUGAAAUCCACCGAGAGGUGAGACCAUGGUCGUUGUGGAACGGGCAGGGGUAGUAACUUACCCCUAGGCAGAUGUCUAGGCGCCUUACACUGGGCACACACCGAGCAGGAGGAGACAUAAACCCUCACAUCCCUCGCCAACGUGGGCCACCAGUACUUAGCACUAAGGCAGUGCACUGUCCGGCCGAUACCAGGAUGUCCAGAGGAGGGUGACGUGUGAGCCCAAUAGAUCAAUCGAUCCCGAACCUCGAGCGGAACGUACUUCCGACCCUCCGGACAUUGAGGUGGACUAGGGUCGGUGCGCAGCGCCCGCUCGAGUUCAGCAUCGACCUCCCACACUACCGGUGCCACCAGACAACAUUUACAUUUACAUUUUAGUCAUUUAGCAGACGCUCUUAUCCAGAGCGACUUACAGUUAGUGAAUACAUAUUUUUGUAUACUGGCCCCCUGUGGGAAUCGAACCCACAACCCUGGCGUUGCAAACGCCAUGCUCUAUCAACUGAGCUACAUCCCUGCCGGCCAUUCCCUCCCCUACCCUGGACGACGCUGGGCCAAUUGUGCGCCGCCCAUGAGUCUCCCGGUCGCGGCCGGCUGCGACAGAGCCUGGAUUCGAACCAGGAUCUCUAGUGGCACAGUUAGCACUGCGAUGCAGUGCCUUAGACCACUGCGCCACUCAGGAGUUGACAAGACUCCGGCAGACAAGACUCCGGCAGUAUGGGAGUGAGCUCCACUGACCUCUCCUCCGUGUCAUACCGCCGAGACAGCGCGUCUGCCUUACCGUUCUGUGACCCAGGGAUGUAUGUGAUCUUAAAUAUGAACCGGGUCAAAAACAUAUUCCACCGCGCCUGGCGAGGGUUUAGUCUCCUAGCUGCCCGGAUGUACUCCAGGUUACGGUGGUCCGUCAAAAUGAGGAAAGGGUGUUGAGCCCCCUCAAGCCAGUGCCUCCACACCUUUAGGGCCUGUACCACGGCUAACAGCUCCCUGUCCCCUACGUCCUAAUUUCGCUCCGCCGGACUGAGCUUCUUGGAAUAAAAAGCACAGGGGCGGAGUUUAGGUGGCGUGCCGGACCGUUGCGAAAGCACGGCUCCUAUACCGGCCUCUGACGCGUCCACCUCUACCUGAAAUGGUAAAGAGGGAUCCGUAUGCGCCAGCACCGGAGCCGAGGUAAACAGGUCCUUCAGCCUCCCAAACGCCCUGUCCGCCUCGGCUGACCACUGCAGACGCACCGGACCCCCCUUCAAAAGAGACGUUAUGGGAGCUGCCACCUGUCCAAAACCCCGGAUAAACCUCCGGUAGUAAUUCGCAAACCCCAAAAACUGCUGCACCUCCUUCACAGUGGUUGGCGUUUGCCAAUUACGCACGGCUGACACCCGGUCUACCUCCAUCUUCACCCCUGACGCAGACAACUGAUAACCCAAAAAGGAGACCGACUCCUGGAAAAACAGACACUUCUCUGCCUUGACAUACAGGUUGUGCUCCAACAGCCUCCGCAACACUCGGCGCACCAGUGCCACAUGCUCGACUCGGGUAGACGAGUACACGAGAAUGUCAUCUAUGUACACGACCACCCCCUGCCCCUGCAUGUCCCUGAAGAUCUCAUCUACGAAUGAUUGGAAAACUGAAGGAGCGUUCAUCAACCCGUAUGGCAUGACAAGAUACUCGUAAUGGCCCGAGGUGGUGCUAAAGGCUGUCUUCCAUUCAUCGCCCCCCCCUAAUGCGCACCAAGUUGUCGCGCUCCUGAGAUCUAAUUUAGUGAAGAAACGCGCCCCGUGCAAUGACUCCGUCAUGGUCGCAAUCAGCGGGAGUGGAUAACUGUACUUCACCGUGAUCUGAUUGAGACCACGGUAAUCAAUGCACGGGCGUAACCCACCAUCCUUUUUCUUCACAAAAAAGAAACUUGAGGACGCAGGGGAAGUGGAGGGCCGUAUGUAUCCUUGUCUCAGAGAUUCGUCUAUGUAAGUCUCCAUAGCUCUCUUCUCCUCCUGAGACAGAGGAUACACAUGGCUCCGUGGGAGCGCAGCUCCUGCCUGGAGGUCUAUCGCACAAUCUCCCUGCCUAUGGGGAGGCAACUGCGUCGCCCUCGACUUACUGAACACAAUAGCCAAAUCCCCAUACUCAGGGGGAACGUGCAAUGCGGGCACCUGGUUUGGACUCUCCACCGAGGUAGCCCCUACGGAAACGCCUAAACAUCGACCCACACACUGGGCAGACCACUCCAUCAGAGCUCUCUCCUGCCACGAAAUGAACGGGUUAUGGGUACUCAACCAGGGCAUGCCCAGCACCACCGGAUACGCAGGCGAGUCGAUCAGAAAUAGCUGGAUCAUCUCCUGAUGACCCCCCUGCGCACACAUCCUAAGUGGCGCCGUGACCUCCCUGAUCAAACCCGAUCCCAACGGACGGCUAUCUAGGGCAUGAACAGGGAAGGGGACGUCAACAGGGAGAAGGGGAAUCCCUAAGGCUAAACAAAAUGUCUUAUCAACAAAAUUCCCAGCCGCGCCUGAAUCUACCAGCGCCUUAUGCUGGGAAUGAGGUGCUACCUGUGGAAAACGCACAGGUAUACAGAAGUGCGCAACAGAGAGCUCUGGGUGAGUGGGGCGCCUACUCACCUGGAAGGACUCCCCAGUGCGGGGCCUGUCGUCUUCUCCCCUAGGAGGCCAUCCCCAGCACCUAGCCGCGGUGUGUCCUCCCCGACCACAGUUGGUGCAGGAGAUGGACCCCCUCGUACUCCGACCCCUCCUCUCUCUAGCGCCAGCGCCCCCGAGCUCCAUGGGGCUCGGCUCGGAGACGCUGGAGGGUGAAAUGGACGGACCUCCCUCGGGACGUCCGCGGGUAGCCAGCAGGGUGUCCAGCCUGAUGGACAUGUCGACUAACUGGUCGAAAGAGUGGCUGGUGUCCCGACAGGCCAGCUCCCGACGGACGUCCUCACGUAGACUACAGCGGUAGUGAUCGAUGAGGGCCCGCUCAUUCCACCCUGCAUCCGCCGCUAGAGUACGGAAUUCCAACGCGAACUCCUGGGCACUCCUCUUCCCCUGCCGGAGGCAGAACAGACGCUCCCCCGCCGCUUUCCCCUCUGGUGGAUGGUCAAACACCGCCCUGAAGCGGCGGGAGAACUCAGCGUAAGUGAUGGUGGUCGCGUCUAUCCUCCUCCACUCGGCGUUGGCCCAUUCUAACGCCUUGCCGGAAAGGCAGGAGAUAAGGGCGGACACGCUCUCGUGUCCCGAGGGCGCCGGGUGCACGGUGGCCAGGUAAAGCUCCACCUGGAGAAGGAAGCCCUGACACCCGGCAGCGGUCCCAUCGUAGGCCCUCGGGAGCGAGAGUCGAACUCCUCUGGGUUCCGGAGCGGGAAUGGGCUGAUUUGCUGAUGGUGAUGGUAGGGACGGUGGCGUUGGGGGUGUUCCUCGGGUCUCCCAGCGUUGGAGCGUGUUGAUCACAUCCUGCAGGGCGGUCCCGAUCCGCAGAACCUGGUCGUUCUGCUCCCGAACCCGAUCCUCCAACGUCUCCUGUGCUGCUGCGGCUCCUGCUGAUUCCAUUCAGAAGGUGAGUGAUUCUGUCAGUAGGUGCUGUAGGUGGGUGUGGUGUGGAAUCAGGCGCAGGACGCAGAAGUUAAGUCCAACAAAGACUUUUAGUAGAGCACACAAAAAUACAAUCCAAACAGCCCGGAGGCGAGAAAAUGCGCACACAGGCGUAAACAAACGGGCGCACUAAACAUGUGCGAAAAUCCUCUCCUAAAAAUACAAGGAGGCAAGCUACAAAUAGCGCACCGAAACGGGUAGCGCACCAACACGACAAUGGGAACAAUUCCAGACAAGACCAAACGAACAUAGAAACAUACAACGGUGGCAGCUAGUAUUCCGGAGACGACGAACGCCGAAGCCUGCCCGAGCAAGGAAGAGAGGCAGCCUCGGCCGAAACCGUGACAACCUAUUAGGUGAUCUUCUCUCCUCUCUUCCUUUAGUGUGCAGCAAUAUACUCCCGGUUGCCCUGCUAAUUGCUAACAUCGCCAUGGGUGAGUAGAUGAAUUAAAACUAUUUUGUCCUGAACCGCAUUUUACUUUUGUACUUGAGCCACUAUAAUAUCUCUGUUUCUGCAACUGCCCUCCUAGCUGUAGAAAUAGCUUCUGUUUCUAUGUUCCCAACAUGUGCGUUACAACUGUACAGGUGCGGUGUACCUGAACGACUGCCCUCGACAGCCUUACAUCCCCAUCUAUCUGAUAGUUCUGGGGGCCUUUGGCCUGGUCACCAUCCUCCCCUUCUGCUUCUGCCAGCCCAAUCUGGUGCUUGUCUGCACCCUCUGGAACGGCCUGUUGGACACAUUCCUGUUCUGCUGGUUCAUCAAUGGUGAGUCUGAGGGGUGUCUGUGGGGAGGUGGGGGGUAGUGUGUGUGUGUGUGUGUGUGUGCGUGUACCCUGGGUGAGUGUGUGUGGCCAGGUGGGGGUGGUGUGCGUGGGUUUGCGUACGGACGAAGGGAUGGAUUGUUGAUUAUAAAUCUAUAAUGCUUGAGACAUGCAUAUGAACUUGAUCCUGUGUAGAGAUUCGUACCAGUCCUACAAAUUCUCUUUCUCUCUCUCUCUCUCUCUCUCUCUCUCUCUCUCUCUAGGUAACGUGUGGAUCUACUCCAUCUAUCAGCCUAACUACAACCAGACUCUGACUGAGAAGGACCCGUACCAGUCCAACUACAACCAGACUCUGACUGAGAAGGAUUUGUACUGUAACAAGACCCUGUACCUGUUUGCCUUCUGGACCACCACACUGAAUUACUUGAUAUUGUUGAGUCUGUGC